GUCGUCACCACAAGCUAUGGGGAAACUAGCCCACCCCAGCAUCUGGAAGCAUCCAGUUUCUUAGCUUCCAUUGGUCGAUGCUCUCCAAGCUCGUUCCCCAUCCAGUUUCCACCCCAGCUUUUGUGGCUGUUGUUGUGCAGCUUGCAGCUCCGAACUCCCAACUUCGGAUGGCAGGCCUGGCCAGCCGCCCGAAAUCCCUCCCGCUCCGGCUUGGCUUGGUUGAAUGUUGCUUUUGCUUGCCUUUCUUCCAAGCGCACCUGUCUGAUUCUUUGUCCUUUUUCGCUCCAUGAUUAUCACAGGAAUACGUUUCCACCGACUCAAUUGACUGGUAUUUGAGCUCUUCUACUUGAUAUUCUUGCAAUUACAAGACAUAUCGAUUCUCUCUGAAGCCCAAUUCCUGUUUUCUUCAACAUGUCUUUCGCCAGAGCUGCUUCCAUUCGCUCCGCCCUCCGCGUUUCGGCGCGUCGUACAAUUCGGCCCCAGUACCGUCCUCAGCUCGCCCAGAGGACUUAUGCCAGCCAACACGGCGCAAAGCCCCAGAGCGAGCUUCCUCUUGCCAUUGGCUCACUAGCCGUAUUCCUUGCCGGCAUUGCCGUCAUCCAACCUUGGAACAGUCCGUCUCCCAAGAGCCACGGCGCCCACGCUGGGCACGAGGAGAAACACGAGGGGAAGCACGAGGAAGCUGAAGAGGAACCCAAGGAAGAGGAGAAGGACCAAAAGUCGGACAAGUCUGAAGGGAAGUCCGAGGACAGCUCUAAGAAGGAAGAGUCCAAGGACAAGCCCAAGGAGAAGGAGGAGGAGAAAUCCGACUCUAAUGAGAAGUCCGAGGACUCAAAAGAAGACUUCAAGCCUGAGAAGGAAGAAUCGUCCGGCGAUGAGCCUAAGGAGAAGCCCGAGGACGACAAGAAGUCGGGCGAUGACUCCAAGAAGGAGAGCCAGUCCGACGACAAGAAGGAGGAAAAGUCCGACGACAAGAAGGAGGGAAAACCGGACGACAAGAAGGAGGAAAAGCCCGACGACAAGAAGGAGGAAUCUGAGGACAAGAAGGGCAACUGAUCCCUUCACCGCCGGCCUCAACCUCCGCGCAAUCAUGAUUGUGACAAGCUUGCCCUCAGCACCCACAAUCACGCUACAAAAACGAGCCCACGACUUGUCCAUUGUGAGGGAGGGCAGAGGGAUUUGCUCCCACUAUAACCGUGUACAUAGAAGCGACACUUCAUGUCUGCCCCUUUUUUUCUAAUGCAUAAUGGCACACAUCCCUGUGCUAGAACCCAUUGGCUUCACUCAUUGACAUCCUGCAAGCCGCCGCUGUCUCCCUGAACGUGAGCAAUCCAAAGGUGAGAGGAUGUCGGCGGAGAACCCAUGUUGCCGGGUUUUCAAGUGGAGAGAAGCUUUAUUUCUUU